CUUUGAGCGGCAGCUCGGCCGCCAUUCGCUGUGGCUGGACACUUUGAAACGGUCGUUUUUCGCCGACGCUCGUUCAUUUUCGCCCCCGACGCCUCCAACAAGCUAACGAUAUGGCUAAGGGAGAUAAGCCUCGUGGACGUAUGUCCGCUUACGCCUACUUUGUGCAAACGUGCCGCGAAGAGCAUAAGAAGAAGCACCCAAAUGAAAACGUCGUUUUCUCUGAGUUUUCUAAAAAGUGCGCCGAACGCUGGAAGACGAUGAGCGAGCCUGAGAAGAAGCGUUUCCACCAGAUGGCCGAGAAGGACAAGAAGCGCUGGGAAGCCGAGAUGUCGACCUACGUGCCCGCCGAUGGAGGCCGUGGCAAGGGUGGCCGCAAAAAGAAGGACCCCAACGCACCGAAACGCGCCCUCUCGGCCUUCUUUCACUUCUGUAACGACGAGAGACCCAAGGUCAAGGCUGAGCUCGGUGAGGCAACCGUCGGUGAAAUCGCUAAGGAGCUUGGACGCAGGUGGCAAGCCUGCACCGAGCAGGAUAAGGCUCGUUUUGAGGCAAUGGCGGCCAAGGACAAACAACGCUAUGAGCGUGAGAUGGCGAUCUACAAGCGCGGUGGAACCGUCCCACAACAUGGAAAUAUGGGACAUCACGAAAUGGAAGAUGAUGAUGACGAAGAUGACGAUGAGUGCGACGAGUAAACGUACGAAGCUACUGACACCCUCUCCCCUCCCCCCGGCUCCUGUACGGCCUGCCCUAUCCUGCGUCUUGCUUGAAAACGUCACUGUACGAUAAAGAUUGGUCGGUCGAUCGCAUGUCAUCGUGAUUCCCAGUUUGUUAGAGUUGGAACUCAUUCGUGGCCUAUCGCAAUCAACUAGUGCAUGAGGCUACGUUCCGAGGCCAUGUUAGAGGAGAAGUUUAACGACACGCAAUUCUUAGUGUGGUCUGGAACUGCUGUUUCGUCUGGUUUAGCGGCGCAAAUGGUGGUGGCGGCGGUACCGUCGGGCAUUUUCUCCUCUGAAGCUUCCUUUUCUAUCCCCUCAACAGAAACACCCCAAACCCCCCACCUCCCCUUGUAUAUCUCAAUUGCCCGUCAGUCAGCAAUCUUGUAGACGCAGAACAGGAUGACGAUGAAGAAGCAUAAGAAGCGGAGUAGGUAAAAGAAGACGGGAAUAUAAAAUGAAGAUGACUGAAGUUGUGUAGAAGAGAGUCGAGGAGCAGGGCCCUUAUAAUUGUGCGCCCUAUCUGUAGAACUUUGACGUGGAAGGAAGAAAUCGCAUUGCAGAACAACCGUAUCUCACUGUCAGCUGAUUUAUCAGCAGUAAGUCCCUGCUGUUAAUUGGUUAAUUGAUCACAUUGGCUAGGAGACAAUUGGUCCCAUGAAGGUACGACGUGACAGAACCCGAUCACGCGUCGACCUUUCUCCGAUGUCUGUGCGACUUGAGGGGCGGUUGUUCUAUUUGUUUAGAAUUCGUUAGCAUCGGUACAUAAAUAUAUAUAAAUAUAUAUAUAUAUAUAUAUAUAUAUAGCGAGAGAGAAACAGGAGGAAUUGGGAGGCAGUGAAGUGGACAACCGAGAAACACACGGCACCCCCUUGAAGGAGUUGAUUUCAUUAAUGAUGGCCAAAAUGAUGGUGGUUCGGUGCAUUUAUUUAAAGCAUCAGCCCUUUUUUUCCCAUCAUCAAAGCAUGCCAUAAUUCUUCCCACUUUGAGUCCAUGACUCCUCCACUCAAAGUCCGAAAAUGCUAUUCGAUUAUCUCAAAGCCCUCUUUGUCACGUCUUAACAAAUUUCUUGCACAACAAUUAUACCAAUAUCCAGGCUACUAGACGCACCCGUGAGUAUGUCUAGGUGCAUGUAUGUCUGCUAGAUCAACAAAGCACGAGCGAUUGGGUCCUGCAGACAUCUCACAAUAUUUAUGUAUGUAUUUAGUAAAGAGGAGAAAAGAAAAACUGAAGGGGUUGCCGUGCACCGAGGGUGAAUUAUGAUAAAAAAGAAUGAUGAUGAUGAUGAUGACGGUGCGCGGAUUAAAUAGUAACAGUACAGAAAAACAGACGACGACGAUAAUGAUGGUGAUGAUGACUAUAAUAAUAAUAACAAUGCUGAUGAUGAUAAUGAAAAGAAGCAUACGCAUAGAGCAGACGAUGAUGUAGCAGGACGAGAAGGAAGAGAGAAGAGUAAAGUCGUAAGCAGUACUCCCAUUGAAUCAUUUCAUAUUACAUUCAUUCAUUCAAUCAUUCAUGCUUCAUCAUUAUGUAAAUUUUGCGCGCUCAUCCGAGGCCGCAGGGCAAGACGGGUAGGGAAUGUUUUCUCCCAUUUGGGUAUGGUGACAAUAUAAUAUUACUAUUACUGCUGCUAUUAAUAGAAAGCAUACCAAUUAAACAAUAUGGACAUAGGAACGGAGUGUGGAAAACAACUAAUGUAUUCAUUUAUUCAAUUGUUUGUCAGUGCGCGUACUCUGCUAGAAAAUAUUGUCGAUUUGUCGUGAACUAUAGAGGACCGUCAAUGCAGAAUAAUUGGAAAUGACCAAUCAAUUCAAUGUGGAAGUGUGAACAUGUAAUUUCGCCUCGAGACGUUAAAUGCGUAAGCGUAACGGCUCGAUCUUAAAUCCGUCAAAGAAAGAACACGAGGAAAAGUGCGACAGCAUAGUGAACAGUAGACAAUGUGGAGUAACUUGUACUGCUGUCGCUUAGAUAUGGUUAUUAUUAUUAUUAUUAUUAUUAUUAUUAUUAUUAUUAUUAUUAUUAUUAUUAUUAUUAUUAUUAUUAUUAUUAUUAUUAUGUCAACAUAAAUGUCAAAAAACCAACACGGAAAUAAAAACAGUACAUAACGCAAGUCAGUAACUUGAGCUAAUAAAGAAAUGAAAAAACAAUGCCUGCGGACCGGAUUUGUACACAGAUA